GCAGAGCCAUGUCGGGGGUAGGGGCGAAGCGGGGGGCCGGCGAUAUGGGGGGCGGCCCCCCCGAAAAGAAACCGCCCCGCGAAGAGCAGCCCCCCACCACUCUGAUUGAACCCCUGCGCCUCGGCGGCAUCUCCUCCACGGAGGAGAUGGACCUGAAGGUGCUGCAGUUCAAGAACAAGAAACUGGCCGAGCGGCUGGAGCAGCGUCAGGCGUGCGAGGACGAGCUGCGCGAACGCAUCGAGAAGCUGGAGAAGCGUCAGGCCACCGAUGACGCCACCCUGCUGCUGGUCAAUCGGUUUUGGGGACAGCUGGACACGGAGGUGCAGGCGCUGCUGCGGCGCUACGAGGGGGAGGGGGGUGCCCCCCCUGCCCCCCCCGGGGAUCCCCCCGAACCCCGAUCUGAGGGGCCUGAGCCCCCCCCGGCCCCCCCCGGUGAGGCCGAGGGUCCCGAUAGGAGGGAGCCCUGGGGGGUCCCCGCUACCCACCCCCCUCCCCCUCCUCCUACUGUCCCCCCCCCUCCUCCUCCUCCUCCCUCCACCCCUCCCGGAAUCGGGGGUCGCCUCGGGGGGCCGGCGGCCGCAUUCGUCGCGGCGCUGAGCCGGAGCGGUCCCGAAGAGGGGGAGCUCCGCCUGCGCCCCCGUCUCGCCUUCGCCCCCGCCGCCGUCGCCCGCCUGGUGGAGGGGCUGGCGGGUGCCCACCGCCGCGCCCACGACCUUGGCACCCGCCUGGCCGCCCGCCCGGAGCUGGCAGAGCCGGGGCGGGUGCUGCUGCGGGAGCUGCUGCGGGAUCACCGGCGCCUGCAGGACCUCACCCUGCAGCUGCAGGAGAAGCACCACCGCGUCUCCCUGGAGCUGGCGGAGCUGCAGGACAAGGCCACCUCCGCCGAGACCAAGGUGCUGGAGAUGGGGACGACGGUGGAGGGGCUGCAGUGGGACAGCGCCAAGCUGCGCAAGCGCGAGGGACGUCUCGACCGCCACCUCGCCGAGGCCCUCGAGCAGCUGACCUCGGGCUCCUACGGCUCCGGCAGCUCCGGGGGAUUCCAGGGGGGACAAAUCACCCUCAGCAUGCAGAAGUUUGAGAUGCUGAACGCGGAGCUGGAGGGGAACCAGGAGUUGGCCAACAGCCGGAUGGCGGAGCUGGAGAAGCUGCAGCAGGAGCUCCAGCAGGCCGUGCGCGGCCACGAGCGCCUCAAGGUGGCCCUGCGCUCGUUGCCGGAGGAGGCGGUGAAGGAGACGUUGGAGUACAAGGUGCUGCAGUCCCAGUUCUCCCUCCUCUACCACGAGAGUCUCCAGGUGAAGACGCAGCUGGAUGAGGCCCGCGCCCUCCUCCUGGCCACCAAGAACAGCCACCUGCGCCACAUCGAGCACAUGGAGAGCGACGAGCUGGGGGUGCAGAAGCGCCUGCGGACGGAGGUGAUCCAGCUGGAGGACACGCUGGCCCAGGUGCGCAAGGAGUACGAGAUGCUGCGCAUCGAGUUCGAGCAGAACCUGGCGGCCAACGAGCAGGCGGGGCCCAUCAACCGGGAGAUGCGGCACCUGAUCAGCAGCCUGCAGAACCACAACCACCAGCUCAAGGGCGACGUCCAGCGCUACAAGCGGAAGCUGCGGGAGGUGCAGGCCGAGAUCAACAAGCUCCGCCUCCAAGCCAGCGGUGCCCCACCCCCUCAAGGCAGCGCCCCGCCCCCUCCGCCCCCCCAAACUGCCGCUCCCCCCGAGGAAACCGCGGCCGCUGGGGGGGCCCCGGGCACCGCCCCCGUCAAGGAAGAAGAAGGCGGGGCCCCGCCUGGUCCCGCCCCCCCAGAGCCCAAACGGGAGGUGGCUGUCGCGCCCGCCCCCCCUGAGGCGCCGCCCCCCCCGCGCCGGCCGCCCGAGGAGGAGGAGCCUCCCGGCCCCGCGCCCCCCAUUGCCGCCCCCGCCGCGCCCCCUCCGGCGCAACCCCCUCCCCCCCGCGUCAAGGAACCCCCCCCGACCCUCCCCCGGCCCGGAGCUUCCCGGGGGGGCCCCGAACGGGAGCGUCUGCGGGAGCGGGAGCGCCCCAAGGGCCCCCCCGACGAUCCCAAGAAGAAGGACUCGGAGGUGCUCAAGCAGCUGCGGGGGGAGCUGAAGAAGGCGCAGGAGAGCCAGAAGGAGAUGAAGCUGCUGCUGGACAUGUACAAGUCGGCGCCCAAGGAGCAGCGGGACAAGGUGCAGCUGAUGGCGGCCGAGAGGAAGAGCAAGGCCGAGGCGGAGGAGCUGCGGGGGCGGGCGCGGGAGCUGGAGGAGCGGGAGCGGCGGGAGAGCAAGAAGCUGGCGGACGAGGAGGCCCUGCGGCGCCUGCGCCACGCCGAGGAGCAGAUCGAGCACCUGCAGCGCAAGCUGGCGGCCACCAAGCAGGAGGAGGAGGCGCUGCUGUCGGAGAUGGACGUGACGGGCCAGGCCUUCGAGGACAUGCAGGAGCAGAACCUGCGGCUGCUGCAGCAGCUGCGGGAGAAGGACGACGCCAACUUCAAGCUGAUGUCAGAGAGAAUCAAGGCCAACCAGAUCCACAAGCUGCUGCGGGAGGAGAAGGACGAGUUGGCCGAGCAGGUCCUCGCCCUCAAGGCUCAGGUGGACGCCCAACUGCUGGUAGUGCAGAAGCUGGAGGAGAAGGAGCGGGGGUUGCAGAGCAGCCUGGCGGCAGUGGAGAAGGAGCUGGCCCUGCGCUCCCAGGCCCUGGAGCUCAACAAGAGGAAGGCGGUGGAAGCGGCACAGCUGGCGGAGGACCUGCGGGCGCAAGGGGAGCACGUCCAGGCCCGGCUGCGGGAGCUGCAGGCCUGCGCCGCCGAGAACCGGGCGGCCAAGGACAAGGAGUCCCUCAGCCUCAAACGGGCCCAGGAGGAGCUGUCGCGGCUGCGGCGGAAGCUGGAGAAGCAGCGGAAGGUGGAGGUCUACGCCGACGCCGACCAGAUCCUCCAGGAGGAGAUCAAGGAGUAUCGGGCCCGCCUGACCUGCCCGUGCUGCAACGCCCGCAAGAAGGACGCCGUCCUCACCAAGUGCUUCCACGUCUUCUGCUUCGAGUGCGUCAAGAGCCGCUACGACACGCGCCAGCGCAAGUGCCCCAAGUGCAACGCCGCCUUCGGCGCCCACGACUUCCACCGCGUCUACAUCAGCUGAGCCCCGCGGCCACCCCACGGCACCCGUGGGUGCUCCCCGACCAACUGCGGGUGCUCCCUGUCCAACCCUGGGCCUUGGAGGUGGGUCAACGCCACCUUGGAGGACCAUGGUUUCCUCUGUGUCUCUGUUAGCUGAACCCCAUGGUGAUCCUCGGCCACCCACAGGUGCCCCGUGAGACCUGUGGGUGCCCCAUAGUGACCCACAGCACCCAUGGGUGCUCCCCAGCCAACGACAGGUGCUCCCCGGCCUUGGAGGUGGGUCAACGCCACCUUGGAUGACCAUGGUUUCCUUUGUGUCUUUGUUAGCUGAACCCUAUGGUGAUCCUCGGCCACCCAUGGGUGCCCUGUCAGACCUAUGGGUGCCCCAAGGUGAACCGUGGCACCCUGAGUGCCCCAUGGUCAACUAUGGGCCUUGGUGGUGGGUCAACGCCCCCUUGGAUGACCAUGGUUUCCUCUGUGUCUGUGUUAGCUGAACCCCAUGGUGAUCCUCGGCCACCCAUGGGUGCCCUAUAGCACCUAAGGUUGUCCCACAGUCACCCAUAGCACCCACGGGUGUCCCACAAUCAACCGCGGGUCUUGAAGGUGGGUCAACGCCCCCUUGGAGGACCACAGCUUUGCUUCGUGUCUGUGUCCACUGAGCCCCGUGGUGACCCGUGGGUGCCGGAUGACACCUAUGGGUGCCCCAUGGCGACCCACAGCACCCAGGGGUGCCCCACGGUGACCUAUGGGUGGCCCUGCCCCUCCCCACCCAUCCCACCCAAUAAAGCGCUUGGAGCUGUG